UUUGCUCCGAAAUAGUUGUGUCAUAAAUAUUGCAACAAAUCACUCUCUUUAAUUAAUUUCUUCUCUCAAAGCGUGUUAAUAUUGUUCAUGAUUUUAAGAAUCAACAAGUCAACAAAUUUUAAGCUAUAAAUCAUUAAUCUCUAUAUAAUAUAAGAUACACGUCUGAGGGAUACAACUGCGCAACAUGGAGCACAAGGAGUGCAGUGUUUCCUUGGUGUUAUUAGCUGCCAUGCUUUGUGUUUAUUGCAGGAUUGACUUUGUGAAAGCGUCUAUAGUUAGAACAGAAAAAGGUUUCACUCACGAAGCAUAUUCGAAACUUGGUUUCACAAAAAUGAUGAUGAGUAGAGCCAUCCAAGAUACAUCUAGCCGUAGUAGAAGAUCUAUCGUGGAGAAAGGUGAUAGUGGAGACAGAGAUGUAUGUGCAGAAAUUAUAUGGCCACAACGGAACAAUCCCAAGAAACUGAAAAGUCCAUGCCCAACAUUAAAGGUGUGGGUGCCAAAGAAAGAUGGUUUCACUGAGUUCAUAAAAGUGAACGAGAAAUCAGAAGUCGAAGGUGGAUUCUCCAUAGCCAUAUUCUGCCAUGCAUUACAUUUAUUACCAUAUACUGUCAAACCCAUCUUCAAACCGUUCAUCAAUGGCACAGGGAAAAGUAGUGGUACUUAUGAUCAACUCGUUGAGCAUAUUAAAGGCAAGAAAUGUCAUGCUGUCGCAGGUGAUGUAACAAUUCGGGGUCAUAGAGCUCAACAUGUUGACUUUACAAUUCCCUACUUGAAUUCUGAAGUUUAUGUGCUUGCACAUGCUUCCCAUGAAUGGAACCAAACACUCUGGACUUUCUUAAAACCUUUCACCUGGAGACUAUGGAUCACAAUAGUUGGUGUAUGUCUCUUCACUGGGGUUGCACUUGCAAUUUUAGAAUACCGGGAGAAAAAUCCGAGCUUUUCAAGCCCAAUAUAUAACCAACUCAUAAUGGUUAUAUGGUUUCCCAUUUCCACAUUCUUCUUCCAGGAAGGAAAGAUACAAAAUAAAUGCUCCAAAGUUGUGCUUUUGAUCUGGCUAAGUAUGAUUUUCAUAGUUAUUCAGAUUUUCACAGCUACUUUGUCCUCAUGGUUAACACUAGAUCAACUACGUCCUAGAUUGCCUCCAACUUUUGAACAUGCUGGAUACCAAGAUGGUUCCUUUUUUAAAGAUCUAAUAACCGAAAAAUUCAAGUGUUCUGACAAGAACCUUUUACCUCUCAAAAGCGUUGAAGAAUAUAAAAGUGCUUUGACCAGUGGCAUCGUAAGUGUUGUUGUUGAUGAGCUCCCCUACAUUGAACUCUUUCUUGCUAAGUAUGGCUCUGAAUACAUGAAGUUUGGACCAAUAAACCAGGAAUCUGGAAUUGCAUUUGCAUUUCCUCGUGGAUCUCUUUUAUUGCAAGAUUUUUCUAGGGCAGUUAUUAAUGUUACUGAAAGUGAAAUUAUGAUGGAAAUGAAGAAAAAAUAUCUUGGGUUCUCUACUAAUGAUACAUCACAACCUAAUCAAACCCCACCACAAAGUCUUGAUGUUCAGAGUUUUAUUGGAUUAUUCAUAUUCAUGGGGACUAUUAUUGUAGGUGCCAUUAUCACGUCAGAAGUUUCCAUUAUGCGUAGAAACAAGAAAGUCCAUCCUGUAAAAUCAUCAACCGAUUUAUAGAUAUGAUCCAUCUACAACAUUACAGGUGGUAGGAACACUUAUAUAUCUACACUGCAACGUGUAUCUCUGUUGGAGUAAUUAAGAAUUUGGGCAUGUUUGGGAAUUUUCUUUAUUUUGGUUUAA